AUGGAGAAAAUUUUGACAAUGAAAGAUGGAGGAAUAGAGAGAAGCAAACCAGUUAUGAUGGUGUAUGUCGCUCUCUUUCUCUCUCUCAGACUAGAAUUGAAAGUGAGGGACUUGAAGGGAAAUGGGUCCCAAAGAAAGAGAUCUGAAGAGGUCACUGGGUUUGGUGGCUCCACAUUAGACGCUGAGAGGAGAGGAGCAGAACGCGUCAAUGGAGUUUUGAAGUUUGAACUUGAGUUGAAUGAAUUACAUUCCACAACUGCCCACCAUACCUAUUGCCCCCACAACCUAAAAGAGUACGAGUAUGUGAAGGAUAAACAAACACCAUGUGGUGCCUCAAAAUCCCAGAAUGUCAACAAAAACCAAGCACGCCCCAUGAAUCCAACUGGAAAAUUGAUUCUUCCAUGCAAAAGUUCCUGUCUUGCAAAGACCAGUCUCUUGGGUUUGAUCUCCUCUGCUCCUAUUCGAGCUACUGGGAGAGCUAGUUGCUUUCACAAUUCAGUGGUAAAUAUCUCAAAAUACAGAGGUUUCCUCAGUUCAGAGAGAGAGAAGCAAGACAGGAGGCUAAUUUGUGCUGUUGCCACAGAACCAUUACCCAAGCAAGUUGAAGAAUCCAAAAUGGACACACCAAAAGAAAUCUUUCUCAAGGAUUACAAGUUGCCUGACUACUAUUUUGAUUCGGUGGAUUUGAGUUUUUUGCUGGGUGAGGAGAAAACAAUUGUCAGUUCAAAAAUAAUUGUUUUCCCCAGAGUUGAAGGUUCUUCUUCUCCACUAGUUUUGGAUGGAUCAGACCUGAAGCUGCUUUCAGUUAAAGUCAAUGGCGAGGAACUGAAGAAUGGAGAUUAUCAUUUGGACUCACGCCAUUUAACAAUCCCAUCACCACCUGCUGCUACGUUUACAUUGGAAAUUGUUACUGAAAUAUUUCCCCAGAACAACACCUCAUUGGAGGGACUUUACAAGUCAUCUGGGAAUUUCUGCACUCAAUGUGAAGCAGAGGGUUUCCACAAAAUUACAUAUUAUCAGGAUCGUCCUGAUAUAAUGGCAAAAUACACCGUCCGGAUUGAAGCUGACAAAUCUUUGUACCCAGUAUUGCUGUCUAAUGGAAAUCUCUUGGAACAAGGAGACCUUGAGGGUGGUAAACAUUAUGCUCUCUGGGAGGAUCCCUUCAAGAAACCUUGCUAUUUGUUUGCAUUGGUUGCUGGACAGUUGGAGAGCAGAGACGACACCUAUGUUACCCGUUCUGGUAGAAAUGUGUCUCUAAAAAUUUGGACCCCUGCACAAGAUGUACCCAAGACAGCUCAUGCUAUGUAUUCGCUUAAAGCAGCAAUGAAAUGGGAUGAGGAUGUUUUUGGUCUUGAAUAUGACCUGGAUCUCUUUAACAUUGUUGCCGUCCCUGACUUCAACAUGGGAGCCAUGGAGAACAAAAGUUUGAACAUUUUCAAUUCCAAGCUUGUUUUGGCUUCCCCAGAAACAGCUUCAGAUGCAGAUUAUGCUGCAAUUCUUGGGGUUAUUGGUCACGAGUAUUUUCACAACUGGACAGGCAACAGGGUGACUUGUCGUGACUGGUUCCAGCUGAGCUUAAAGGAAGGUCUCACUGUAUUUCGUGAUCAGGAGUUUUCAUCUGACAUGGGAAGCCGCACUGUGAAGAGGAUUGCUGAUGUUUCAAGGCUUCGAAUUUCUCAGUUCCCACAGGAUGCCGGUCCUAUGGCUCAUCCAGUGCGACCACAUUCAUAUAUCAAGAUGGACAACUUCUACACAGGUAAGUUCCUGUUCCUGACGGUGUAUGAAAAGGGAGCUGAAGUUGUCAGGAUGUACAAAACCUUAUUAGGGAGUCAGGGUUUUAGAAAGGGAAUGGAUCUUUAUUUUAAGAGGCAUGAUGGUCAAGCUGUGACCUGUGAAGAUUUUUUUGCUGCCAUGCGAGAUGCAAAUGAUGCAGAUUUUGCCAAUUUCUUACUAUGGUACUCCCAAGCUGGUACACCUCAGGUGAAAGUUGCUUCAUCUUACGAUGCUGAUGCUCAUACUUUCACCUUGAAAUUCAGUCAAGAAGUACCACCAACUCCAGGGCAGCCAGUCAAAGAACCCAUGUUCAUUCCUGUGGCAUUAGGGCUGCUGGAUGCAAGUGGUAAGGACAUGCCACUUUCCUCUGUAUAUCAUGAUGGAACAUUGAAGUCUAUUUCAAGCAACAGUCAACCAGCCUAUAGUACAAUUCUUAGACUAACCAAGAAAGAGGAAGAAUUUGUCUUCUCUGAUAUACUUGAGCGGCCAGUACCUUCUCUAUUGCGGGGUUUCAGUGCUCCAGUUCGUCUUGAAUCUGAUCUCUCUGACAGUGAUCUGUUUUUCCUCCUUGCUCAUGAUUCAGAUGAAUUCAACCGUUGGGAGGCUGGACAAGUCUUAGCAAGAAAGCUGAUGCUCAGCUUAGUUGCUGAUUUCCAUCAAGGGAAACCUUUGGUUCUGAACCCAAAGUUUGUGCAAGGGCUAAGAAGCAUACUUAGUGACUCAAACUUGGAUAAGGAAUUUAUUGCAAAGGCAAUAACUCUACCAGGUGAAGGAGAAAUAAUGGACAUGAUGGAAGUUGCAGAUCCUGAUGCUGUUCAUGCUGUUCGAUCUUUCAUCAGGAAGCAGCUUGCAUCUGAACUAAAAGCAGAGUUUCUACACACAGUUGAAAACAAUAGGAGCUCAGAAGAGUAUGUGUUUAACCAUCCUAAUAUGGCUAGGCGUGCUCUAAAAAAUAUUUGCCUUGCAUAUCUUGCAUCACUCGAAGAGCAGGGGUUAACUGAACUUGUACUGCAUGAGUACAAAACUGCGACAAAUAUGACUGAGCAAUUUGCAGCUUUGGCAGCCAUAGCCCAAAAUCCUGGGAAAACUCGUGAUGAAGUACUGGCUGACUUCUACACCAAGUGGCAGGAUGACUUUUUGGUUGUGAAUAAAUGGUUUGCCCUUCAAGCAAUGUCUGAUGUUCGUGGUAAUGUUGAGAAUGUUCGUAACCUCUUAAAUCAUCCAGCAUUUGAUCUGCGCAAUCCAAACAAGGUAUACUCACUCAUUGGAGGAUUCUGUGGCUCUCCUGUGAAUUUCCAUGCAAAGGAUGGGUCAGGCUACAAGUUUUUGGGGGAGGUUGUGGUGCAACUGGACAAAAUUAAUCCUCAGGUGGCUGCCCGCAUGGUAUCAGCCUUCUCAAGAUGGAGACGCUAUGAUGAAACCCGGCAAAACCUUGCAAAGGCACAGCUGGAGAUGAUCGUGUCUUCCAAUGGACUGUCAGCGAAUGUAUUUGAGAUUGCCUCAAAAAGUUUAGCUGCUUAA